AUUUCGGUAUCUCCGUUUCCUCUUGCAGAGUGCAGAGCUGAGAGCCCGCCCAGGAUUUCCUUUCCAUGCAAACCAGACAGUUCUGAUCCGUUGAAAAUUAACACACCAACAGACAAUGCACUUCUUCACUUCUCCUUCUCCUGCACAGAAACCAAGCUUCACUACAGUCUUCUCUCCCUCUCAAAACCCUAACUGUCCUUCCAAAUUCCCUCUCAAUUUACCCUUCAAAACCCUCUUCCUCUCCCUCCCUGCCUGCCUUCCAAGUCAAUCAUCCUCUUCUGUCCUCGAAUCACUAGAUAACGAAGCCAUAAAAAACGACACCGUUUCGAAGCGAGAUGCUCUUGUCGUUCGCCGCCCACUUAUGGAGGUAUCCGGUGAAGAAUCCUUGGGCGAGGAUGACGACAAAGCGGAGACGAAGGAUGCCUUGCAAGGUCUCACCGACUUUGCCAAGAAGAUUCCCAUUUUUGAACCGGAGAAAGUCGAAUCAGGUCCUCCUCGUGAAAAACCACUUGUAAUUAAUCUGGACUUGGCAUUGUAUAGAGCCAAGGUCUUGGCGAGGAAUCAUAUGUACCAAGAAGCAGAGAAUAUACUCGAGAAGUGUAUAUACUAUUGGCCUGAAGAUGGGAGGCCAUAUGUGGCGUUAGGGAAGAUAUUGAGCAAGCAAUCAAGAACAGCAGAGGCUAGAGCCGUGUAUGAAAAAGGUUGCCAAGCAACCCAAGGCGAGAAUUCCUACAUUUGGCAGUGUUGGGCUGUUCUAGAAAGUAAGAUGGGAAAUGUAAGAAGAGCAAGAGACUUAUUUGAUGCUGCUACAGUUGCGGAUAAAAAACACAUUGCUGCCUGGCAUGGCUGGGCAGUUCUAGAGCUGAAACAGGGAAACGUCAAGAAGGCAAGGCAACUUCUUACCAAGGGCCUUAAAUAUUGCAGCGGAAAUGAGUACAUCUACCAAACACUUGCUUUGCUGGAAGCUAAAGCAAACCGGUAUGAGCAGGCUCGGCACUUGUUCAAGCGGGCCACCAAGUACAAUCGAAAAAGCUGUGCCAGUUGGCUUGCAUGGGCACAGCUGGAGGCACAACUAGAGAAUAACCAAAUUGCAAGGCAACUCUUUGAGAAAGCAAUCCAGGCAAGUCCAAAGAAUAGAUUUGCGUGGCAUGUCUGGGGGGUUUUUGAAGCUAAUAUUGGUAACAUUGAGAUGGGAAGAAAACUUUUGAAGAUAGGCCACACACUUAAUCCAAAAGACCCAGUUCUCCUACAGUCUCUUGCAUUAUUGGAAUAUAAACACUCAACUGCAAAUCUUGCUAGAGUGUUAUUCAAGCGAGCAUCUGAAUUAGAUCCUAAGCACCAACCAGUAUGGAUGGCUUGGGGUUGGGUGGAAUGGAAAGAAGGCAACUUAGCCAAAGCAAGGGAAUUAUAUCAAAAAGCACUGUCCAUUGACUCAACUAGUGAAAGUGCUGCUCGAUGCCUACAGGCUUGGGGGGUUCUUGAGCAAAGAGUUGGUAACCUAUCUGCAGCUCGACGAUUAUUUAGGUCCUCACUGAAUGUAAAUUCUCAAAGUUAUAUAACAUGGAUGACCUGGGCAUCAUUGGAGGAGGACCAAGGAAAUCCUGUUCGUGCAGAAGAGAUUCGCGACCUCUACUUCCAGCAGCGUACUGAAGUUGUGGAUGAUGCUUCAUGGGUUACUGGAUUACUAGAUGUCAUCGACCCAGCACUUGACCGCAUAAAGAGACUCAUGAACUUGGAUCAAAACCCAUACAAUAAGACACCUGAACAACUUCAAACAAUUUCGGAAGCUAGUGGAAAUAGGAUUGAGGAGCAUUCACCACCCUCUGCCAAAGGCGAUAGAAGCAAGGUAGAACCUGGAAGUGGAUUCAAUUUGGAUGCUUUUAUAAAAGAAAAGUUAUCAUUAGAUCCAUUCAAGCUGGAUAUUCCAAUAGGAUCAUCGAGGAAGUUUGUGUCAAAGAAAGUUAAAUCUCCCAAAAGACUUGAGAUUUCGGAGAGGACUUCAACAAUACUUCCUCAAGCCAGCAUGUAAGGAGUUCAGCUUGGUAGGCUAAUAGAUGCAUUGUCGAUGGAUGGGAUUGUUGAAACUGGAAAACUGUGGACGAAUCUUUUAGGGCCGGAAAACCACGUUGGUACGUAAACUCCGUAGGAAACCUAUACGCACAGAUGUAAAAUGAAAGCCAAUGUAAGAUGUCAAAAUUUUUUGAAUGUAUAUAUGUAGUUUGUUUCUGUCUA